AUGGGGGGCGGGGGUGCAGCUGGACUCCGUUCCCCACGGCCAGGAUCCGCUCCCAGCCUCACCCAGUGCAGCAGGGCCCAGCAGGGCUCUGGGGGCCUGGGGCAGGUGCUGGGAGGCACUAGCAAGUGGGGCCAGGGCGAGCAGCUCCUUGCCCGUGGGCAAUGCCGCUCCGGGGAGGCGGGCUGACGGCUGCGGCGGGGGAGGCGCGGACGGGCUGGGCGCAACACACCCCCCACCUGCCUAUAAAGGCAGCAGCGGCAGCCCCGGCGCUGCUGCUGUGAUCCUGCCAGCACCAUGCACACUGCCCACUGGCUGGGACUGGCCCUGGCCCUGGCCCUGCUGUGCCACCCCGCAGCACCUUGGUACAUGCAGGCAGCUGGACCCAGCUAUUACUCGGUGGGCAGAGCCUCAGGGCUGCUCUCCAGCUUCCGCCGCUCAUCCUACAUCCGCCACUCCGACUCUGACAGCGCUGCUCAGCACAGCCCCCGCGCGCGGCCACGCAGUGCGGUGCUGUGCGUGAUGGAUGUGUCCUCCAAGCUGCAGAGCUGCCAGGCACUGCCCAGCGUGCCGGGCACCCUCCAGUGCAAAGCAGACGUGACUAUGUCCUUGGACCCCACAGCAUGCACGGAUGCAUAAGCCAACACCAGCACGAUCCUACUGGGACUACAGCUCUGACAAUAAAUGCACCCAGACUGGA